AUGCCCGCUAUCUUCGGGCGGUUUGAGGUGCCCGGUCCGUGUGCGACGAUGAGAGGACUAGAAGAGAGACGGGCAGCGAACGAGAGCCCCCCGGGCGUCUCACCAGAAUGUCCGAUCCUAAAUUCGGGAUUUGAGGCAAUCCCGCUUGUCAAGAGUCAGCACGUCCUCUGCUCCCCCUUGAUUUCGUCCAUCCUGCAACAAGAGGCCGAGUGCUUCGGGACUGCUGCGUACAUGUCAAAGUGUAUCGAGUACAGAUGCUUACACACCUGUGGAACGGACGGGGGUUGCCCGAUCUUGCACAAAAACCACAUUCGCGAUAACAAGGGCUCAGCCUAUAAGCAUGCCAAGGCAAAGAAACACAGAAAAAGUUGCAAUCCGGACUGUAGAGCCUUUGGGAAGGCACAAAAGGAUACUAUAGAGUUGGUGUCUCAGCACGCCGACGAGCCGGGGUCGGUAAUCGACACACGCCUCAAGAAGUUCCCCGACAGAGAGUUAACAAUCGUCUUCGUGGCCGACCCCGUUCUGGGCAAGGACGUGGACAGCGUUACCGUUGAUCACGGUGUCCCCCAUGUCACUGUCAUCAAUGUCACCCAAGAGCAGGUCCAGCAGUUGGAAGUCGACACACCGGGUGCAUGGGCAAAGGAAUUGCCGGAAAGCGUGCACGCGGACACAGAGCCAGACCCGGCUGAAAAGACCGUUAAGGUGGCCCAGUGGGAAUGGGUGCGUUUCAGAUCUCCGCCGAAGUUUACGUUCCAGCUGGUGAACAGAAAUAACAGAAGAUAUGGCGUGAACACGAUCGACGAAUUGGACGAGUAUCUCGCAUCAGCUACCCAGCUCAUGCACAAAGCUGUCAUGUUUCCCGACCCAUGGGAGUUGUUGUACAGCUCGUCUCCACCUAUGGUUAAUCACGUCCUUGACCUCGCGUCCGUGGCUUUGAAUGGCUGCAGACCGUACGCGUCCGCGUGCUAUGGAUGCACACCCGAUGACUUCUCCUCCGACAUUCGGCACCUGGCCAGUCUGAGCUCCGACAUGAGCUUUGCCAUCGUGAGGGAGGAUGGGGAAGAUUCCGUUCGACCAGAGAACAUACAUCUCAGGAGGAUAUGGGUGAAGAAAGUCGCACCAGACCCACCCAGUACGGACUGGCUUGGGCUUCCGCAUCAUUCCGGUAUACACCGGAAAUGCUCCCCAUUGUUUGGCGAGCUCAUGGUCUACAUCGUCGGUGGGGAUGUCACACACGUUGUGCAACUAGGACCCGUCGCGGAUGGAGAUUUCAUGUCAGGUUUGACACCAGGGCCACUGCCUUUGCACAUUUGCGACAAGCGUCGAGUCUUCGAGAGCUAUCGAACUGUCGCAGAGGCAUGGGCGACGUUUUGCGGCUGGGACGAGGACGCAACAGAGAGGAAACAAGGAUAUGAAGAGCUGCGACAAUUCGCACUGUCGAACCUGUCGACUAUCAUGAAGCUAGAGCGCAAGGUCAUGGAGGGUGAUGUGUCUGACCUACAGCUACUGUGCAGGAUGGACGUUGGCUUGCUACAGUGCAGUUCCGGCCUGAAGUACUACGUGAAAAACUUGGAGCGCGGUCUCACAACGUCCAUGAUGGGUUGGAUGGACUGGCAGGUGGCGUCAGGAGACAUAAACCAGUUCGUGAAUCUCCUUCCCGCAUUUGUAUGUGCCCGUCAGGCCGCCAAAGUGUAG